AUGGAAGAAGUUACCCAAGGUACGACGCCAUUCAAAGGAUCCUGGGCCGAGUUUCGCAACCAGUUCAAGGCCCGAUUCGAGACGGUCGACGAGGCAGUCGAUGCGAAGGAACGCCUCCGUACGCUAUGGCAAGGUUCCAUGACUGUUCCGGAGUACGCCGCCCGGUUCAAUGAGCUCUCCACCCACACGGGCUACUCCAAGGCCGACCUCCGAGACCGCUUCUACGAACACCUGGCGGACUCCAUCAAGGACGAGUUGGUGCACACAGCGAGGCCCAUCGCCUCUCUCGAGGACCUCAUCACUGUCUCCUUAGACAUCGACGUCCGCGUCCGCCAACGCCGUGCCGAACGAGAACGCCAGCGUGGAUGCACCACGGCCACCACCACAGCCGCCAAACCAGCGACCCCCCUGCACACCACACCCUUCACACCGCCGGCCAGAGACCUGAACGCGAUGGACAUCAAUGCUACUCGGACGCGCGAGGAGUUCAACCGCCUCAUGCGCGGCAAGUGUUACGGCUGCGGGUCUACGGCGCACGUCAAGAAGGAUGGCGGCCACAACCGGGACAUCUGUGGCUACUGUCGCCGCGUAGGGCACCGCGAGACAGUAUGCAUGGACAAGUUCCUGAAGAAGCCCCGCUCACAGAAGCUCGCUGCCACAGAGGAGGGACCUGAGGAACCCCAGGUUGCAGCGUCGACGUCGACAUCCGCAGAUGCUGGAGCGACCAAUGCUCUUAUCGUGCAGCUCAUGGAGCAGCAGAAGGCCCUUGCAGACCAGCUUGCCUCCCUGCAGAAGUCUUUUUAG